AUGGACCUCGCGGCGUCUGUUGCUGCUGCCUCUGCAGCGUCGAGCGGCCUGGGGGGUUUGUGCGGGUCCGCGGGCCUGCAGGAGGAGCCGCUGAACAACUCGCUGCGCGAGGGCUUCCCGUCUGCUGCAGCAGCAGCAGCAGCAGCAGCGGGGCGGCGGGGCGCGGGGCCGCCGCCGCGGGGCGUGCCGCCGCACCCGCUGGAGCUGCAGCAGAAGCAGCUGCUGCGCGCUGCGGAGCAGCAGGAGCUGCAGCGGGCUGCUGCUGCCUUCGGCAGCUACGCAGCACUUCGCAUCAAAACAGAAAGAGAGUUGUGUGCAACAGCGCAGCGCCUCCCGGGCCUCCCCUCUUCUCUUUGGGGCCUCCAGACCCUCAUGGGCCUCGACAUUUCCAUUUCUCCGCAGGACUACUUGGGGAGAGACAAGCCCGACCUCGAGGGGGGCCCCCUCCUCACUCUCCACGACCGAAUCGAGGGCGCCAUGGGCAUUUGA